UCACUGCAGAGCUGAGCUGCAGGGGCAGCAGAGGCAGAGAGAAGCUCCAACUCCCGAUCAGUAAGACACAGACAGACAGACAGACAGACAGACAGUGACUGACAGACACACCGUACCCGGACCAUCAUCAUGGACUGGAUCAGGACAGAGAAACCCGUCUCCGGAUGAGACAGGACGGCCUGGCUUCUGUUAUUUCGGAGGAGGGGGGACUCUGCUGUAGAUAUACGUGGAAUAACCGACCACCUUUGUGUGUGUGUGUGUUUUUUGUUGUUUUUUUUGGGAGAUUUUAACCCCGUGCUACCCGUGAUGGAAUAUUUACACCCUUUCCUCAAAUUUCUCCUCUUCUACUCUUCCUCCUCCUUUUCUUCCUCCAUCAUCUCCACCACCACCUCCUCUUCUUCUUCAUCCUCUCACAUUUUGACACGCUGCUGAAAGAUGCGCACGAAUGCGUCUUUUGCGCACUUCCAUUGCGACCGUCACUGACAGCGCCCGUGCUUUGUAAGAUUUUAAAACCUUUUUUCCCCCCUACAACAACAAAGGGAGAGAGAAGGAAGGAAAGAAGAAGAAGAGAGAGAGGUGUGAAUUGAAUUGAACGCGGUGCUGGUCUCAUGUUUCUCGCCUAGGGCCCGGAUGUACCGAGGGAUGCACCGGUGCGUUUUCCCAACCGGUUCCGCCGAAAGCUCCCUCUUUUUUCUCGCCUUCACCUCCAUCAUGGGGAUUAGGUAAUAUUCACUCCAUCCGAAGAAACCCUCCCCAUAAACACUCAAACAAAAAUAACGGAAUACCCGAAACUGUCCGCGCCAGACAGUCCUCCUUUCUUCUUUUUCCCCCUUUUCUUCUUUUAUUUUCUUUUAUUUUUGGGGGGGCUUUUUUCUUCUUCUUUCCUCUUGUUCUCCCUCCUCCAGCCUUUUUCCCCCUCCUCUCUAUCUUCCAUUCACCUAUAGGGAUAACGCCGGACUACAUUUAUGGUAAAUGAAAGCAAAAACAUGUACAUCCCGGAGGACACCCUUGAGAACCAUCAAGGCUCCGACUACUCUCCCCCACCGCCUCCCCCUCUUCCUCGUGCUCCCGUCCCUGCCCUGACCAACGAGCACAGUGGCAGCGGUAGCCAUGGUGACCAUGGCGGAGGAGGGGGCGGGGUCAACCACGGCGUGGUUGGCCUGGCUCCGGAGCACAUCCCCACGCCAGGGGCAGCCCUGAGCUGGCAGGCGGCCAUCGACGCUGCGAGACAGGCGAAGAUGAUGGGCAAUGCUGCAUCGGGCGGAGGGGCGGGGCUUGGGUCAGGAGGGGGCGGGCCCAUCUCUACGGCCAGUUCCACGCAAAGGAAGAGACAGCACUACAGCUCUAAACCCAAGAAACAGACCACAACGACAGCCACAAGGCCGCCACGGGCCCUGCUCUGUCUCACACUCAAGAACCCCAUCCGCAGGGCCUGCAUCAGCAUCGUCGAGUGGAAACCAUUUGAGAUCAUCAUCCUGAUGACCAUUUUCGCCAACUGUGUGGCCUUAGCUGUCUACAUCCCCUUCCCUGAGGAUGACUCGAAUGCCACCAACUCCAACUUGGAACGUGUGGAGUAUCUGUUCCUCAUCAUUUUCACGGUGGAGGCGUUCCUGAAGGUAAUAGCCUACGGCCUGCUCUUCCACCCCAACGCCUACCUGAGGAACGGCUGGAAUCUGCUCGACUUCAUCAUCGUAGUUGUAGGGUUGUUCAGUGCGAUCUUGGAACAGGCCACAAAGGGGGACGGGGCAGCUCCUAUUGGAGGGAAGGCAGCGGGCUUCGAUGUCAAGGCUCUGAGGGCAUUCAGAGUACUCAGACCACUCAGACUGGUCUCUGGAGUACCGAGUUUACAGGUAGUGUUGAACUCCAUAAUCAAAGCCAUGGUUCCUCUGCUCCACAUUGCCCUACUGGUCCUCUUCGUCAUCAUCAUCUAUGCCAUCAUCGGUCUGGAGCUCUUCAUGGGCAAGAUGCACAAGAGCUGCUUUGACAACCAUACAGGCGCCAUUGCAGAAAAGAAGGCACCGUGCGCACCUGAUAACGCUUACGGUCGACACUGUACAGAAAAUGGAACACAGUGUAGAGGUGGCUGGGAGGGCCCAAACGACGGCAUCACCAACUUCGACAACUUCGCCUUUGCCAUGUUGACAGUGUUCCAGUGUAUAACCAUGGAGGGCUGGACGGACGUACUGUACUGGAUGCAGGAUGCUAUGGGCUAUGAGCUGCCAUGGGUCUAUUUUGUCUCUCUCGUCAUCUUCGGCUCUUUUUUCGUUCUCAACCUCGUUCUGGGGGUGUUGAGCGGAGAGUUUUCCAAGGAGAGAGAGAAGGCCAAGGCACGUGGUGACUUCCAGAAACUCAGAGAAAAACAGCAGCUGGAGGAAGACCUCAAGGGCUAUUUAGACUGGAUCACUCAGGCUGAAGAUAUUGACCCAGAGAAUGAAGAGGAGGGCAUGGACGAUGACAAACCCAGAAACUGUAAGAACCAUCGUUUUCUGUCUCUGCGCGGAGCCGUGAAGAAAAAUGCGGCUUUCCUUCGUAAGGCGUUGAGCAUGCCAGCCAGCGAGAAUGAAUCAGUCAACACGGACAACGCCCACGGGGGAGACGUGGAGGGGGAGACCUGCUGUACCCGGCUAGCAAUUAGGAUCUCCAAAUCCAAGUUCAGUCGCUACUCUCGGAGGUGGAACAGGCUGUGUAGGAGGAAGUGCCGGGCGGCAGUCAAAUCACAGGUUUUUUAUUGGCUGGUCAUCUUCCUGGUUUUCCUCAACACUCUGACCAUCGCCUCUGAGCAUCACAAGCAGCCUCAGUGGCUAACCGACGUACAAGACAUAGCCAAUAAGGUUCUGCUUGCACUCUUCACUGGUGAGAUGCUGCUGAAGAUGUACAGUCUGGGCCUACAGGCGUACUUUGUGUCACUCUUCAAUCGGUUCGACAGCUUCGUAGUAUGUGGAGGGAUUCUUGAGACCAUUCUGGUGGAAACAAAGAUCAUGUCUCCUCUUGGCAUCUCUGUGCUACGUUGCGUACGCUUGCUCAGAAUCUUCAAAAUAACCAGGUACUGGAACUCCCUGUCCAACCUGGUGGCCUCCCUGCUAAACUCUGUCCGCUCCAUUGCUUCCCUCUUGCUCCUGCUCUUCCUCUUCAUCAUCAUCUUCUCCCUGCUGGGCAUGCAGCUCUUCGGGGGGAAAUUCAACUUCGACGAGACUCGACGCAGCACCUUCGACAACUUUCCCCAGUCUCUGCUCACCGUGUUUCAGAUCCUAACAGGAGAAGACUGGAACUCAGUGAUGUAUGAUGGUAUCAUGGCCUACGGUGGUCCAUCUUUUCCUGGCAUGCUGGUCUGCAUCUACUUCAUCAUCCUCUUCAUCUGUGGAAACUAUAUCCUCCUGAAUGUCUUCUUGGCCAUCGCUGUCGACAAUCUGGCAGAUGCUGAGAGCCUGACAUCAGCCCAGAAAGAAGAGGAGGAGGAGAAGGAGAGGAAAAAACUGGCCAGGCUCGCCAGUCCAGAGAAGCGUCAUGACAACGAGAAGCCGCCUCUGGAGGAAGAGAAGAAGGAGAAGAUCGAGCUGAAGUCUAUUACUUCUGAUGGAGAGACCAACACCGCUACAAAGAUCAACAUGGAUGACUGCUGUGGAGAUGAAAGUGAGGAGAAGAACCCAUAUCCUGCAAAUGAUUACAUAGGAGACGAUGAUGACGACGAGCCAGAGAUGCCAGUUGGCCCGAGGCCGCGGCCACUCUCUGACAUCCAGCUGAAGGAGAAGGCCGUUCCUAUGCCUGAGGCCCGCGCUUUCUUCAUCUUCAGCCACACCAACAAAUUCAGGGUUCUGUGCCAUAAGAUCGUCAACCACAACAUCUUCACCAACCUCAUCCUCUUCUUCAUCCUGCUCAGCAGCAUUAGUCUGGCAGCAGAGGACCCAGUCAAGAAUGACUCCUUCAGAAACCAGAUCCUUGGCUAUGCAGAUCACGUCUUCACUGGACUCUUCACGAUAGAGAUCAUUCUUAAGAUGACAGCGUAUGGAGCCUUCCUCCAUAAAGGUUCCUUUUGUAGAAACUAUUUCAACAUCCUGGACUUAGUGGUGGUCAGCGUGUCCCUCAUCUCCUCUGGAAUACAACUAGACUUCUCGACGUCCAGUGCAAUUAAUGUGGUGAAGAUCCUGCGAGUUCUGCGAGUGCUGAGACCACUGAGAGCCAUCAACAGAGCCAAAGGACUGAAGCAUGUUGUGCAGUGCGUGUUUGUGGCCAUCAGGACCAUCGGCAACAUCGUCAUCGUCACCACGUUGCUGCAGUUCAUGUUCGCUUGUAUUGGAGUACAACUCUUUAAGGGCAAGUUCUUCUACUGCUCCGACACCUCUAAACAUACUGAGGCAGACUGCAGGGGUUCUUACAUCAUGUAUAAGGACGGUGACGUGGGGAAGCCUGAAAAAGCCAACAGAGAGUGGGAGAACAGUGCAUUUAACUUUGACGAUGUCCUGCAAGGCAUGAUGGCUCUGUUUGCUGUGUCUACCUUUGAGGGUUGGCCAGGGUUACUGUACCGGGCCAUAGACUCUCAUGCUGAGGACGUCGGUCCCAUCUACAACUACCGCGUGGUCAUCUCCAUCUUCUUCAUCAUCUACAUCAUCAUCAUCGCCUUCUUCAUGAUGAACAUCUUCGUCGGUUUCGUCAUUGUCACAUUCCAGGAGCAAGGAGAGCAAGAGUAUAAGAACUGCGAGCUGGACAAGAACCAGCGUCAGUGUGUGGAGUAUGCCCUGAAGGCUCGUCCAUUGCGUCGCUACAUCCCCAAGAACCCAUACCAGUACAAGGUGUGGUAUGUGGUCAACUCCACCUACUUUGAGUACCUGAUGUUCACACUCAUCCUCCUCAACACCAUCUGUCUGGCCAUGCAGCAUCAUGGACAGACCAAACAUUUCAAUGAUGCUAUGAACAUCCUCAACAUGCUCUUCACUGGACUGUUCACUGUUGAGAUGAUCCUGAAACUGAUCGCCUUCAAACCCAGGGGGUACUUUAGUGAUCCCUGGAAUGUGUUUGAUUUCCUCAUCGUAAUUGGCAGCAUAAUAGACGUCAUUCUCAGUGAAAUCAACCCAGCUGACUCGUCCUCGUCCUCCUCCUCCUCUUCGUCCUCCUCUUCCUCCUCUUCCUCCUCUCACCCCCCUGUGGUAAGGCCAAUGGUACGCUCCGACGGUAACCUCGUCCGCCUCCCUACCUCCUCCACCACCCCUCCAUCCCUCCAUCCUUCCAUCCCUCCUUCUGCUAUGCCAUCCACGGGACUGCAGAACUCUGAAGAGAACGCCAGGAUCUCCAUCACCUUCUUCCGGCUGUUCCGCGUGAUGAGGCUGGUGAAGCUGCUGUCUCGCGGGGAAGGGAUUCGGACCCUGCUGUGGACCUUCAUCAAAUCCUUCCAAGCUCUGCCCUACGUAGCUCUGCUUAUAGUGAUGCUGUUCUUCAUAUACGCUGUCAUCGGCAUGCAGAUGUUUGGUAAGAUAGCGCUGCAGGACCACACGCAGAUCAACAGGAACAACAAUUUCCAGACAUUCCCUCAGGCAGUGCUGCUGCUCUUCAGAUGUGCGACAGGUGAGGCGUGGCAGGAGAUCAUGCUGGCGUGUUCGCCCAAACGAGCGUGUGAGAAAGGAUCGACCAAUGAAAACAGCACAGACACCGAGGACUGUGGCAGCCAGUUUGCUAUCAUUUACUUUGUCAGCUUCUACAUGCUCUGUGCCUUCCUGAUCAUCAACCUGUUUGUGGCCGUCAUAAUGGACAACUUUGACUACCUGACGCGUGAUUGGUCGAUCCUGGGGCCGCAUCAUCUUGACGAGUUCAAGAGGAUCUGGGCUGAAUAUGACCCAGAAGCUAAAGGGAGGAUAAAGCACCUCGAUGUGGUGACUCUGCUCCGGAGAAUCCAGCCUCCCCUCGGCUUCGGAAAGCUCUGUCCACACAGGGUGGCUUGCAAGCGUCUGGUGUCGAUGAACAUGCCUCUGAACAGCGAUGGAACAGUGAUGUUUAACGCCACACUGUUUGCUCUGGUCAGAACCGCACUCAGGAUUAAGACUGAAGGCAACCUGGAGCAGGCUAAUGAGGAACUGAGGGCAAUAGUGAAGAAGAUCUGGAAGAGAACCAGCAUGAAGCUACUGGAUCAAGUGGUGCCUCCUGCUGGUGAUGAUGAGGUAACAGUUGGGAAGUUCUACGCCACCUUCCUCAUCCAGGAAUAUUUCCGCAAGUUUAAGAAGAGGAAAGAACAAGGGCUCGUGGCCAAGGUGCCCCCCAAAACUGCCCUCUCUCUGCAGGCGGGCCUGCGGACAUUGCAUGACAUUGGUCCAGAGAUUAGGAGGGCCAUCUCUGGAGACCUGACCGUGGAGGAGGAGCUGGAUAAAGGCCUGAAGGAGCCUGUGUCAGCAGCAUCUGAGGAUGAUAUCUUCAGGGUAAAGCGUACAGGCGGGUUGUUUGGCAACCACGUCAACUACUACAACCAGAGCGACGGCCGUGGCUCCUUCCCACAGUCCUUUACUACCCAGCGUCCCCUGCAUAUCAGCCAGAAAGGCUCACCUUGUGAGGGCGAGAGUCCGUCUCAUGAGAAGCUCAUGGACUCGACGACUUUCACCCCUUCCUCUUACUCCUCAUCAGGCUCCAACGCCAACAUCAACAAUGCCAACAACACUGGCAUGGCCGGGGUGGCAACGCAGGGCAUCAGUCGAUUCCCAAGCCCAUCCAUAAGCACUGUGGACGGACACACGGGGCAGCCGCUCACCCCCAUCCUGCUGCCAAGAUCUGCAUGGUGCUUUCCUCCAAAGAGGACGUGUUUUUAUGACACCCUAAUGCGCUCGGACUCGAGUGACAGCCGUCAGCCAAUCAUCCGAAGAGGGGAGGGGUCGACGGAGGAGACGUACGAUGAGAGCUAUGCAGACGACAGGGAGUACCACGAGGAUGACCACUCGCUCUCCUCUGACAUGCUGGUGUAUCAUGACGAAACAUGUAAGCAGCUGACUCCCAUGGAGGAUGCAGAGGAGGUAGAGGACAGAAGAGGAGGAGGAGGGUGGCAGUCUCCCAGGAGAGUCUUCCUCUGCCCCACUUCUCUGGGGCGGAGAUCGUCCUUCCAUCUGGAGUGUCUCCGGAGACAGUCCAGGCCAGAUGUCUCCCAGAAGACAGCAGUACCUUUACAUCUUGUACAUCAUCAGGCUCUGGCAGUGGCAGGGUUGAGUCCUCUGCUAAGAAGGAGUCACUCACCGACCCUCUUCAGUCGGCUGUGCUCCACGCCUCCAGCCAGUCCCACAGGCCAAUGCAGCGAUUCCUCUUAUCAGCGAGUUCCCUCCCUGAGGUUAGAGGGCUCCAGUUCCCAUGAAAAGCUCAAUACUAGCUUGCCUUCUGUCAACUGUGGGCCCUGGUACAGCGACAGCAAUGGGAACAGCCGGGUGCCCAGUCCUAGCCCUAGCAUGUCAGCGUCCAGUCAAAGAGCACCACGGCCGGUGUCGCUCACGGUGCCCUCGCUACUGGGAAAAGACUCCAGCUCGCUGUCUCAUGGCAGCGCAGGAAGUCUGGUGGAGGCGGUGCUAAUAUCGGAGGGUUUGGGUCAUUUUGCCCAGGACCCAUCGUUCAUCGAGGUGACCAAAGCCGAGUUGGCGGAUGCCUGCGACAUGACCAUCGAGGAGAUGGAGCACGCCGCCAACAACAUCCUCAAUGGCAACAGUACCACAAACGCCACGUCCAGCACCUCCUCCACCUCUCAGCACAACCCGAACGGCAACCUCCUCCCCUUCCACACAGCAGCAGCAGCAGCAGCAGCAACAACAACAGCAACACCACACAGGGACCGAGUGCCCAGCUUGAGUCCCAGCGAAGGUGGAGGAGAGUCUGGAGGAAGCCGGGGCUCCAUCCACGGGCCGUCCUCUAUAGAGGAGCGGCAGGAGCUGCUGGCCAGGGGGAGGGCACAGGAGGAGGAGGAGGAGGAGCCAGCAGGGAGGGAAGAGGGGCACCACAGAGGCUCAGUGGUGAUUGGAGGAGCGCGGCAGAGGAACAGCGGGCUGUUGGAGGACGAGGAUAUGGAGUGUGUGACGAGUUUGUAGGAGUCAACUCAACGGGUUCAAUCGGCCAACUGGCCCCUCUGACAUCAGAGACCGACGCUUGUCAGUGCUGCCUCACAGCGCCACGGCUGGAUCUGUCUGUCCCCACACCAACACACACACACACACACACACACACACACACACACACACACACAGUGUCGCUCUGGACGAUGGCGGCCAGCGACGCAAUUUUAAACACCUGGUUAUGACUUUGUUGGUUUCAAUGAGUUAGUGUGUGUGUGUGGAUGUUUGUAGUAAAGUAUACCAGACUGUGUACUAUCUGAGCGUGUGUGUCUGCGUGAUCUAUGAUUUUCUCUAUUUGUACGUGUGUGCGUGUGUUCUCCACACGUGUCUGAGUGUGUCUCUAAAGUGCCUCACAGUUUUAUCAUGUCCUCGAAGUGUGAUGAGCCAAAACGUAGAGACAAGCAAAAAAAAAAAAACUGACAAGGGAAGGCGUUGAAUGAAGGAAAGGUAGACGACAUAGUGUGUUUAAUGUUUUCAUUUCCUAUGCCUACUCUGGUGUUGUGUUUUUGUUGUUUGUCUGGCCGCCAUGACCCCAGGUAGGGGACAGCAGACCAGCUUGUGGAGGGGUCAGUUAUGGAUUACAAUCUGACCUCACCCACUUGAGGUCAAAAGUCAACUCCUCCGUCUCGGUUCACUGAUGAUGAAGCGCUGUAUUGAGUAAAACAUGGGUGGAGCAAAACCCUUGUUUGAAAUCUCAUUUCUCCUCCUCUUCCAAAGCUAAGGAACCUUGGAGCACAGCCCUGCCAGCCUGGGGGUGGGAUUAAGGUGACCCACCACCCCCAGCCAAGGGGGGGAAGGAUCUGAGGGAUGGUUCCAACAGCCUCAACAGGGCUGCCACAGGGGGCCACAGGCAGAGAGACACUGGCCAACAGGAAGCGAGCCAGCUCUUAUUUCACCCUCUGGUCAGUGAGACUCCAGCGAGAGACAAACUCACCUUUCUGUCACCUUGAUCUGGCUCCGCCUCCUCAGCCGCUUUUCCUCGUUUGGCCACUUGCUGCCCCGAUUAUGAAAUGGGGAGCUGCAUUUGGUGGCUAAUCAGAGACAGCGAGCCCCCUAUUCUGCCUCAUACCUCGCCGUUCCUCACUCCUUCCUCUAUCCUUCCUCCGUCCUCUUUGGUUGUUUCGCCAUCCCUCUCCCUCCAUCGCUGGGGUUUUCUUGUUUUUUUGUUUGUUUUUUUUGCUUUUUUUUUUUUGCUUUUUCAGCCCUCGGGGAGGCGUGCGUUUGUCGAACAGGGCAACAGAGAUGGCAGGGUGCACAAGAGGACGGGAGUGACCGAUUGAAAAGAAAACAGACUCCGAGCAUGGAUCCGCACAGGGUCUGCCGUCAAUCAAACCUCACUUCCUUCUCCAAGACCCUCCUCUUAGUCUCAGCGUGGAAUCCUGUUGGAUUUGCUGCCACACACUCUUUCUACAGACCACGCUCACUAUGUAUUUAACAGUUCAAUAUUGUGCAAAACUGGCUAGCCAUGACUAUUUUUGUUUUAUAUUCAUGAUGUUAUUGGUUUAAUUUAUCCUUGAUUUGUUUGCACAAUCGGGGUGCUGGUCUUAUAAAUGUAUUUUUGCUCGGUUUAUUUUAGGAGAAUUUUAAGAGGUUUUAAGUAUCGAAGCAGGGCGUAGUGUUCGCGUGCGAGUGUAUAACUAUAUUUGUGUGUGAGGAUGUGUGCGUCUGCGUUUUAGUACAGGGUGUGUGUGCGUACGAGUGGGUGAGAUAGUGUGUGUAUCUAAAAGGGGGGUCUUUCUCUCUAUCAGUAUGCACCUUUUACAGAUUGUAUCUAUUUAUUUAUUUAUUUUCCCAGAAGAGAAAAAAAUGUGUGCGAGGGAGUGUGUGUGUGUGUGGUUACAUGUGUAUUCUAAAAAGCUGAUUUUAAGCCUAGACAGUAAAUUAAGGUAGCAUUAAAAGUAUGGUGUUGUGUGUGCGUGUGUGCGUGUGUGUGUGUGUGAUAAUGGGCCUCCUUAACACAGGGUUACCAUGGACAGGCAUGCUUCCAAAGCUUUGUGAUUUCUUUAGCACGGUUUUUGCUUUUUAGCCGAGCUGCAGAGUCAGAAGCCACUCUGUCUUGGAAAACUAGUCAUCGCUUUUUUCUUUAUUUUUCCUGUUAGGAAAAGGUAGUUAGGGUCUCCAACAAGGUCACAGUGAAGGAUGCAUUUACAAUGAUGAUGAUGAUGAGUUUCGGCAUUGCAGCUUGGCCAGAAGGUAAGAAGCCUUUUUGGCGAUUGCUGCUUAUCUUAUUCACAGUGGAGAGUUGCUCUGAAUGGUAGAAGCACCAAAUUCAUACUGCCACAGUGACGCCUUGUGAAUGAACCGGGUUAGAGAGGAGAAGGAGGGGUGUCGCCCUGAUCACGUGGCUGUAUUACACCCAUUCUGUCAUCGUUUUAAUGGAAGCUUAAACUCCAAACGUACUAUUAGGGCUGGUGUACAGAUGCUGCAAGACUUCUGAACCACAUCUCUUUGUCUGAGGCUCCUAUCAUGAAACAUUCUAAUUUAUUCGCUCUGUUAGAGAUAAACCAAUUUCCUGUCUGUGAUAUAAUUUUAAACUGGUGAAAUUAUAAUACAAGCAGGAAAUUUACCGAUCAUUGAUAAGAUAUGAUAGUUGUUUGGUUAACGUGAUAAAUUAUCUGAAAACCGCUGAGCUCAGAGGGAUGUUGCAUCUUGGAUGAUCUCCUGUGUGAUUUUUCUUUUUUCUUUUCUGUUUUCUAAUGACUUAUAGGUAGCAGCGUGACAUAUUUUUGAUUGAACUUUCUCUGGUUUAGUUUGUUCCUUGAUUACAGUUUGGAGAGAUAAAUUUACGACCAUAGUCAGGUAUGGUCAUCAAGCCUCAGUACAUUACACAGGGCACAGGUCUCACUUUGGUAUCUUCUCCAAAUAACAUUCCUGGCAUCGCAUCAUGAGCACCAAUUUAUAAUUAUCAUUCCUAUGUCAACAACUUUAUAGUGUUAAAAACUGAAAUAAUUCAAUUCAGCUCUUUGAGAUGGACUGAAAAUUUUGAUAAACUCAAUUGCUGCUACUGCUACAAUCCCAACGCAAAGUCAGCUAGACAUAACAGAGCUCACAUGUUAAUACAUUUCACUGUAUUUAAUUUGUUUUUGAAAACUGCAGAAAAAGAGAGUCAGUUUUCUAGAUAUACAGAUUCCAUUAAUGUCAUUGUUGACAAAACUUGGUAGCAAUCCCGAAGGUGCAUUCACACAGAACAGCAGCAGUUCAAAAUACAAGAGUUCACUUUAUGUUUGGAUUAGCGCAUUAAGAGCAGUUUUAAUCUUAUUAGAAAACUUCUGAUAUUUUGCAAGAGCCUUCACGAUUUCAAGACACAUUGUGUAAAUUACCUCUAAAAAUCUCACCUUAUAAGAUAUAGAAUGUCCACCCAGAGACACUGUCACACGUCAGCUUCUAGUCAUUAGUUUUCUCUUUAAUUUGCCAGCUCUUCUUAAUAGACGUUCAGCAGAGCAGGUUUGUGGCAGGGAAGAGUACGCAUGAACACACUGCCAUACACUGCAUCCUGUGCCAGUAACAGACUCCUGUCAUUAUUAUGCAAUCUAAAUGUGAAUGUUGAAUAUGUUUUCAGUGGCAGUGCUGUUGUUGUUUUAUGAUCAUACUGCAGAUUCUGAAGAAGAAGACUGUGUUGUCAAAGGAGUACACUCCCAAAGUUAGACAGGAUCCAUUGGCUUCAUGAAAAUGUCCUCAUCGUUUACGACUCUUUAUUAAACUAAUUUGGUAGCAUAAGCUGACGGGCUGCUUUGUGGAUCACAUCAGUUUUAGUAUAAGCUAGUCAGAGGUCUAAAAGUUACGAGGGCAGAUUUGGAUUUAGUCAAACGUGCAACUGAAAGGUUUCCAAGCUAGUUUUUGAGAAAAAUGGGUUCAAAGUUUUGUGUUUUCAAGAAACACUAUAUUUGGGUUGUGGGUUAGACAACUUUGCCACUAAAAUCUACACCAUAAAAUAUUAGAUAUUAUAUAAAACUCAGUUCAGAUUUGUUGUGGAGUAGACCACUCUGCUUCUAAACCCCUCAACUGUAUGUGCAGGGCAGGAUUUGGCUUCAGUGUUUUAACCUCAAAAUUAAAUCAAUUUCACGUUUGUUUCUGUUUCCACACUGAGCUGGAGCAGCCCAGGUGAAUUUAAAAGACAGCAGAGCUUCUCCUCUCUGUUGUUUAUGCUUAUUUACACUACUUGGAUUAAUUCCUCAAUGAUACAUGUAACCAGCAGGCACCUGAAUUGUAGUUUUUGUACAAAAGCUGCUACAGCAGAGCCUGUAACAGUGUCUGCUUUCAAUUUCAGUUUAUCAGCCAUGAAUGUUAAUCUCUCAAAGCAGAUUUGAAACUGUGGAAUUGUCCAACACAGAACCACUCAUAGAUAAAUUUAGGAUGAGGAAAGUUUCCGCAAGAUUGCAUAAUAGAUGUCUUCUAUUACUUAUAAACUGUCCAGUAUCAUUUCCAGCUCUCUGGGAUAAAGUAAAAGUACAUAAAUUAUACAUAGACAUGCUCAUAAGCUACAUUUACUUAAGAUAACCUAGUUUCAUGUUCCUAAUAAAUAUUCAUUCAUAUAUUAUGGAAAUAAACAUUCACACACAAAGUAACCCGGCAUAUCAGAAGUGCUGAAAUAGGCUUUGAUGUGUGACUUUUAACAUUGGUUUUGGUGGGAGAGAUUCGGAGACCUGUGGUGCCCCCGUGUGGAGUGGAGUACAACUGCAGUUUUUUAUGUUCUUCAUAGGUUAGCAUGAGCUAUGAGGUGUUGUGUUGCAGUAUAAAGGUAUGAGUGGGUGUGAUCCUGCAACCCACAAGAUAUGCAAAAACAAUGCAAUAACUAUGACUGUAUACAAGGUUCCCGAAGUAAAUAUGCUUGUGAAAGUGGGAAAAAAAAAAUCUGAAUCAUUAAGAUGUAUUAUUUUCUGUUUGUUACAUUUUUAAGUAAACUCAGUGGUUUCCAUGCCAGAAAAAACCUAACAUACUUGAAAUCAGGUACAUUGCAGUGCAGUAUAGUAAAGAUGUAUUUAUUUAUCUUUCUCGUGCCGGGGUGUCGGUCAAAAAAGUUUAUUGAGGCUGUGACCUGAAAUCAGCGUUUUUGCUCGUGGUUUAAGCCAAUGGAGACACCGAGUUAAAAAAAUUGUCAUUCAUUUUGGUGAUUCAGCAGCAAAAUCGACUCACUUCAUCUCCCCGACUCAAUACUUUUUGACUGUAUUCCUUUGAUCUUGUUUAUUUCCAGCUAUAGUUUGUGAAUGGAGCUCCGUGAGUGUAACAUCAGUAUUGCAUGAGGUCCUCAUGUUGACGUUUGAGCGUUCCAGGUUUUUGCAAUCGUUUCGUUUCAAUCAGGAAUCAUAUCACAUUCUGACAGAGUAGCUUUUUCUAUUUGGUGUACAUACAGUGAUUAAAGUCGGUAUUUCUUCUCUAGGUUAAUAUUUGACUGGAUUUGGAAGAUGGUUUUGCAUAUCUUGUGUCUUAUGGGCUCUUGGUUUAAUUUCUGACUCUUAACCCUGAGAAGGACAGCGAUAUGAUUAUCAAAACAUGAGAAAAAUAGUGAGCUAGAGUGUUUGUUUUCUUCCCAGGUCAGACAGAUGUCACUAAAACAUGCCUCUGUGUUGCCAUGGUCUCUUGUCUCUUUGUCUUCGAAACUUUCCCCUGUAGAAAAUAAACCACUGGGAAUAAUUUCUACGAAAAUUGCUCGAAAUUGGCGUUUUCAUUCUGUUGGGCUGAAAUCCACAUUCAGGACAGACACAGGCAGAAGUUACACAAAACACACUUGUUUUAUUUAAGCAUGAGAUGAAGAAUACACAUGAAAAGCUUACCGACAGCUGUGUUGUCUAUAUUAAUGCUAAGACAGCCCUGUUUUUGGUCUGGCUUUAUCAUGAUAAAGGUCCUUCAAUCAGUCUUCAUCAUGGAUAAGCUGACCUUCUGUAAGAUAUGUGGAGCAUCUUUUUAAACUUAUUUGCAGAUAAUGGUGAGAUGGCUUCAAAUAAUUGCCAGAAAACAAGUAAAAUAUAAUUUUUAUGAAAUCCGAAUGAAGUAUUUUUAAAGUUACAAUUUAAUUGGCAUUGGAUAAUGCAGAAUUUCCCAUUAAAAUGCUAUUUGUCUGCAAAACAGCAUACUGUAAAAAUAUUGUUGUACUGUAUGCAUGCAGUAAAAGUCUGUUUUUAAAAGCUAAUUUGAUUGAUUAGCAUAAAAAGCACAGGUGCAAUUAAUAUCUUGAGAUCUGUCUCAUUUCUGUUACUUUUUUCUAGUAAACCAACAUUCACCAAACUGCAGAUGUGGAACUGCUCCUUGUAAUUCAUACUGUAGUUCCACUCGUGUUUUCCAAGUCACAUUAUCAACUUUCAGUGCAUGUUUGUGUACCUUCUGCCUCAGUGUCGGUCAGUCAGCAGCCAGUUUACGCUGCCCCCCCUUGAUCUCCACCUCAAAUUCAACCAAUUUCCUCCAGUAAAAAGCAGACAUUGAGAGAAUACAGGCUUGUUUUCUUACAGACGGACGACAAUCUAUUUGGCGGUUGAUGACAAUAGGAAGAAGUGGGCGUUUGGCCCGACUAAGAAUGUUAGACAGAGAGUAUUUUUGGCGAUUGUUGAAGGUUUUGCUUUCAUCAUGUUUGGAUUUCAGGGUGGUCUAAGUUCUGACAAUGGUGAAUUAUAUAUUCCAGUAAUGUUUCAUGUGCAUGGGUUUCUCUCUCUCUAGGGAUAUAAAGUAUUGGUCCUACGUGAAUGAUGAUAUCUUUUGUCUCACCACUAGCCAAUGAUUGUAUAUUUUUAUAUACCAUAUAUAGCAAAAAUAUAUAUGAAUAUAUAAUAUUUAAUCACCAGAAUGUUAGAGUAAGGAACGGACAGGACACCUAUUUGGGAAUGUACUUAGUGAACUAUUGGAAAUGUAUUAUAUAGGCCUACUGACAGAAGGUCAGUAAGAAUUCAUUGAAGCAACUCCCACUUUAUUGACUGUAUUUUUAACCAAAAGGAAGCAGCAGGGAAUAAUGUAGUUGGAAUUACUGAAGUGAAAUCAUGUUUUAGCUGAUGGGAGACGGGCUUUUAGGAUGAUUUACAGACUGUGGAGCUUUUUAGUCCAUGAAAAUAUCACUUAAUAUAAAGUACAGAUAUUAUAAAAGGCUACUUCACAAAUGAAUUUUUAACCUACAUGUGCAAAUCUAUCCACCCUCCAGGAAUAUGAGGCUCAAACUUCAAACAACAGACAGAUCUGAAAUCUGAGAUGCUUUUUGCUUGUGUUUGUGUUUAUGCUUUGUGAAGAAACAUGUCAAGCUACCAGCAGCCUGUCAGAGCAGGUCAGCGUCUGGUCAUUUCCUACUGUAGCACUGAGAGAAAUGUCUCUCUAUAACUAGUCCUACAUCAGCAAAACACACACACACACACAUUGUACACUUUAUCUAGCAACUUAACCAAAAAUUCCAACUAUCAAGGACUAGAUUUCUGUAUGUUAUGAGCCAUUAAAACCGUGUAGCUUCUACUUUUUGCCUCCGAGAAGGAACAUGGAGGACUUGAACUACAUCUGUGUAGACAAAUUAAUUCAUCUGCAUUGUAUGCGGAUUGGAAAGGAAAGCAGUGUCCGGUCAACUAAUUUGUGCAUCACUGAGAUCUGAUGCUGAUUUUUGGCUGCAUUUACACUAAAAGCUCUGAACUUAGGAGCAGCAAUUUGUCUGUUUAUUACUAUAUAUGCAGAAAUAUGUUGGAUUUGGUCGUAUUUUACGUGAUAUCUUGACAGUGAGGAGCCACAGAAGGGUGAAAAGACAGAUUUUGGAGAGGAGCUGCUGUAUAUGAGUAAGAUUUGAGCUGCUCGGUAUGAAAAAUAAAUAGUAUUUUACACACACAUAUACCAUUUAAAAGUGUUAGAGUUGUGUGUUUAUCCUUAAACUAACUUUGCCAUUUCAGAGAGAGCGAGGCUGGAGAGCAGAAGUCUUCUUAUGUUUCCUGUCUUGGUCACUCAUGUGGAUCUACCCUUGUUGCAACAGAAGCACGUUCUAUUUUCUUGUAAAUCAAAGUGUUUGUUGGUCACCGUUUGAUCCCGACAAAAAAUAUUUUAAGAUGACUAUUUUGAAUAUAGAUUUUAUUUUAUUUUAUAGGUAAAAUUAGCAUAGCCUGUUGUUUUUUAAAAAAAAAGUCAGAAAAUCUUUUUUCUGGAGAAACAAAGAGAGAAUCUCUUUGUUUUUCUGUACAGAUGUUAUUUUGACAUCGAUACUGCUUUGGGAAAGUGGACGGAAAGUAAAAGAGGGAAUAUAUUAUUAAAUACAAGUUUAUAUUGCAAGUGUCUUCUAUUUUAGAUAUUAAAUAAUAUAAAAACUAUAUCUGAAUUAAAAGAUAUUAAGAGACAGUUUGGAGCAGGAUGAUGUAAGAUGAUUAAAAGAACAUUUGUUACUUAUAAAAACACGCCCAAGUUUUCAGGUGCCAUGAUGUGAGUUUCAUUCAACUCUACACAUGUUGCACAUUUUCUAUAUUUGACCAAGAAUAUUUUAUUGGUUUUUACCAUCAACUACAGGUUUGCAUUAGGUUUUUGGAGAUAAUUACCGCUAAGUUUCCUUUGUGUAAAGAUUUGUCUGUUUGUUGCUUGUGCAAAAGGUGUGAUUUUAAGAAGAAACAUUAUAGAUCCAACAGGAUGCAUGAUUAGGUGGUGCAUUUCAUUCAACACAUACAGAUGGGAAAUUACAUUUUUGAUGGAUUUAUUAUGAUCGAGGAAUCAGGAAUUAGACUGGGAUGAUGUUAAGUGGCGGAAUAGUCGCUUUUGGCAUCAACACACUGUCCAUACAUUCUACUUACAACCUGAAAAAUUGGAUUAAACACUUAAUAUAAUGUUUAAUUAAUCAGCUACACUCACUGCAAUCUUAUAUAGCAACACUCAAACAUCUGAUUUUUUUCUCAUAGAAGCAUGUUAACUCCUCACCGAUCAGUCUUCUUCAAAUGUGUUCAAGAGGCUGCUGGUGAGGAUCAACCCUCCCUUAUUUCAAAAUGAAGCUGAUAGAUGAGCUUUGCUUGCCCAGUAGGUUUAGAAAUAACAUAUAGAAUAGUUCAAUUUAACUCACUCAUUGUGUAGCAGCACCUACAGCAGCACCUUUAUGUGAAUAUAUAGGACGACUGUUUCGUUAGGACCUCGAAAGCCUCACGUUCAUCACUCAUUCUUUGUUGUUGGUAUAUAUACAUGAAUCCUAGAGAUCCCUGUUUGAACGAAUGUCCCAAGGCUGACACCAAGCUGGCUCUCUGUUUGUUGAUUUUGGAGAAGAAAAGCUGCACUUACAGCUCUAGAGGUGUGGCAGCAGCUUUUAGAAUGCAGACUUUACCAUCAGCGGUUCUGCUCUUAAAACAUCCUCAUCAGAACCAUGAAUGUCUCUGCCUGCCUCUCCUCCUCUCUAGUUUUUACACAAAAGAGCUACUUAACAUCGCAUCACGAAUGAUAAUUAUUUCUACAAAGUCAUCCCUUGAAUGUAGGAUGCAGUGAUGCACUUACUGAUGUCUGAAAAAAAAUCCACAUUUUUUCAGUUAUAACAGACAUUAAUGGAAGAAAAAAUAGAGCACCAUACAUGUGAAAAUUUUGGAUUUAACUCUUUGCUCAGACAUAGUUUGUGCAAAGAGUUGGAAAACAAAUGUGUCUGUGUGCAAAUGCAGCUUUAGAGAAUGAGUUCAUCGGUGUCAUUUACAGUAUCAGUGUUUUCUUCCAUGCAGGCGUUAGGAUUCAGUGGCUCCAUAACGAAGGCUUUUCCGUUCCCUAUUUACCGGGUAAAUGCCAGGUUCUCCACUGGUCAGUAGUGUCUUACGAUUCUGGUUGUAGUGUCGGGUCACUACUCAGGCAACGCGUUAAAGGGCCUUUGACAGGACGGAGCUGUUUGUUCGUUUUCGUUCUUUGUUUCCCGUCAAGGGAGAAUUCUGUUAUCGAUCCUUAAGUUUAUUCUUUGGAGAGAGGUGUUCACACAGAGACCAAUUUGUUGUAAAAUUAGUAGUGACGCUACUGUUAAAUGUAGUAUUUAAUAACAGCACUAUUUACGGUCAAAAAAAAAAAGAACUAGAGUGUGUUCUUGUGCUUGCAGUAGCUUUGGAGGCAGGUGGCCAUUUUGUAACGGAGUUCUUGAACAUAAGCCACUCCCCCUUUCCACUGUGGGAGGGAUUUCAUUGCUUCUGAGGUUGCUAAGUGACACUGGCCCAACAUCAUUUGGUUUCCUCGGUUACCAUUUGUCUCCUUGGUGACGACUGCAUGGUCUCACGGUUGACACACCCUUUUAUUUUCUUCUUCUUCUGCUUCUCUUUCUGUUUUCUAAAGGAGAGUUCUUGAGGGUUUUUUUUCAUUCAUUUUAGAUUUUAGAAAGGGAAAGAAUACAAAUGAAAUAAAUCAGAAUAUUAAUUCAAUCACUUUUUCUACUCCUAUUUUCAAUAAAAAGUAAAACGAAAAACCAAACAAAAAGUUGAUUUGUAAAUAAGUAAUGUACAGUUUGUAUCUGUAACUUGUCAGUCUGUCAUUGGUGACAGAGUCUGUCUUGCUUAUAACGCACGCUACCAGUAAAUAAAAAAGGAAAAAGUAUAUUUAGACUGUAUGGUCCCUUGAAAGCAAGUUUUAAAUUAAUAUCUGAUGUAUAUUCCUGUAACAUUGCAUUUUUAUCUGAGGAAUGAUGUUAUUAAAAAAUUGCAAAUAAAUUGCAUUUCCUACA